CGCUGCGAAUCACUCUGUCCAUCAUGACUACUACCACCAUCCGUGAUAUCCACACCCAAACCACGAAAUACGAUGGUGAUGCAUGGCCUCGGGAUAUUGUUUGCCUGCUGCACAUACACACGGUGCAUGCGUUCGUCGGGGGAAUUCCUGCACGCAGAUAGUAGGGUCUUGUACCACCUGCGUAUCCUUUGUUUGCUUUCCGUCCUGUGCAUUUCUUCAAGGGUCUCGCUCGUCACUUUGUUUGCCUCAUAUCAUACUCCUCUGCAUCGGCUUCUGUAUUGGUCUUGGACGAUCGAGUCUACAUCAGGACCACCUCCACUACUGCCUUGCACUUCUUGUCUGGACAUUUCUUGACUAUUACUUCUUGGUCCUCGGUGCUCUUCGCCAGCCGGACAACACUCCGACCAGAGGUAACAUAUCCAAGCCCAUCACAUCCCUCGCUGUGCCACUAUGUAAGAACCACAUCCCCAUAACUGACCAUGCUUCGCAGUCAGCAGCCUCGUAUUACUGGGAAGCAUGCUUCCACGCCUCUACCAGCUCAUACCCAGAGAUGAAGGCCGCCACCAGCACGCUCCGAGUCAGCGUGCCUUGUCCGUGCGAACUUCUUGACGCUAUGUCUCGCAUCCGCUCAGGCGCCGACGACAAUCCCAAGACCAUCUCCGCCACGGAAGUACAUCGCCAUGCCUAGCCUGUCAUCUGCUAUACUCUUCACCCAAAGACCGGUGUCUCUACCUCACUUCCACCAGCCAUGACCGAUCAAUAUACCUCAGCCUCUCCCAGAUCCCCGCGCACGCAAUGCCGAAAGCAACGGCGGACCAACAGUCCCUUCUAUCAUACUGCAUGCCGUGUGACACGAAAAACGUCGAUCCCACAGAACAGGGUUGACAUGACUAGGAGGUGCACAAACGUCCCCGUCCGUAGAGCUUGGUGUUGGUUUCCAUUGCCU